ACCCGGCGUCCGCGAGUCGCGGCCAAUCAGUGCCUGUCUCGAGCCCCCACCCCACUUCCCGACCAAUCAGAGCUCGAUUCCCAGUCCUGCCCGCCUCACGGCCAAUCAGCGCUCGCGUCGAAACCGUGCCCACUCCCUGCAGGCGAGAAUCAAGGAAGCGGCUGCAGCUAAAAAGCGACGUUAGCGCCUCCGUUCUUUCCGGGGACCAGGCCAGCGCUCCAGAGGCGGCCACUGGACAGCGGUUCACCCGAGGCCGAGCUCCGCGACUUCGGCGGAGCACAAAGCCGAACGGGCGGUCGCGGGCGGGAUUGCGCGCGAGACAGUUCGUCCUCUCGGGGUAGCCGUAGGCGUCAGGGGACCCGUCCCGGCCGAAUCCACGUGACUCUAGGGGCGCCUAGCUGGAGCCAUGGCGGUUUCCAGGCCGCUGUCCCGCUUCUGGGAGUGGGGUAAGAAUAUUGUGUGCGUGGGCCGGAACUACGCUGACCACGCCAAGGAGAUGGGGAGCGCGGUGCUUAGCUAGCCCGUGCUCUUCCUGAAGCCGUCCACCGCCUAUGCCCCCGAGGGCUCGCCCAUCCUCAUGCCCGCCUACAGCCGCAACCUGCACCAUGAGCUCGAGCUGGGCGUGGUGAUGGGCAAGCGAGGCCGCGCGGUCCCGGAGGCCGAGGCCAUGGACUACGUGGCCGGCUAUGCCCUGUGCCUGGACAUGACCGCCAGGGACGUGCAGGAUGAAUGCAAGAAGAAGGGGCUACCCUGGACCCUGGCCAAGAGCUUCACCACCUCCUGCCCCGUCAGCGCGUUCGUGCCCAAAGAGAAGGUCCCUGACCCUCACAACCUGAAGCUCUGGCUCAAGGUCAAUGGAGAACUACGGCAGGAGGGUGAGACGUCUUCCAUGAUCUUUACCAUCCCCUACAUCAUCAGCUACGUUUCUAAGAUAAUGGCCUUGGAAGAAGGAGAUAUUAUCUUGACCGGGACGCCGAAGGGAGUUGGCCCUGUUAAAGUAAACGAUGAGAUCCAAGCGGGCAUACACGGGGUCGUCAGUAUGAGAUUUAAGGUGGAAAAGCCAGACUAUUGAGUCUAUACAAAGCAUCCUAAUUUCUUAAGUUUCAGAAGAUAAGGGAGUUGGACUGAAGCAAGCAAAGGUUAUUAAAAGUGACUCCUUUAAAAAGAAAUCAAAUUUUAAAGAUGAUUUGAUUGGAUUGCUGUGUCUCAACUCAGGGAAGAUAGGAACUCCGAGAAAAACAUGCUCUAGAACAGGCGAUCAGAAAUGGAAACGAGAAAGGAAUGCCUGUCUGUCUUCUAGGAAACAAACAGAAGAAAGUAUUUGUGAUGUCUCCCAUGAGGCAUGAAAUGUUCAGAAGACUUUCCUAAAACUGGACUGGAAAAGACUUUUCAGUGAGUCAUUCUGGGAUCAGUAGUUCAAUAAUUAAAAUAUGCAAAGGGAGUUGAAAAGCAUGUUUCAAAUGAAUGUUUCCUACAUUUCCUUGAUCAUGGUAAUCAUCUGAAGGUAUUU